AUGAGCGUCGAAGAGAACACGCCUCACAGGCGCUCCAGCAGCGCCUCGUUUGCUCAGAACAUGUCGAGGGACUUUCCCCAGCCAAAUUCGGCCGCAGCCUUCGCCGGCGCCCGCAGUCCUCCCAAAGCAAAGAACACGUCGCAUGUGCCAUGCAAGUUCUACCCAUUUGGCACCUGUCAAGCCGGCGCGGCCUGUCAGUUCUCCCACGACAUGGACCCCAUGACGCAGAAUGCGCCUUGCAAAUACUUUGCCAAGGGUAGCUGUAGAUUCGGUCAAAGCUGCGCCCUCGCACAUAUCCUCCCCGAUGGUCGAGUCAUCAACAGGCCUCCUCGCGGCGGCCAGCCCUUCAACUACGGACGUCGCGGCCCUCAACCCUAUGCUCCCGCUCCUCCAUCAUUGCUUACCAUACAGGCCAACGAUUUGGCAUCGCAACAACAGCAGCAGCCUCAAGACAUGGGAUAUCCCAAGCAAGAAGACGUGCCAAACCUCCCGAACCUUGCGCCAUACCUCCAAGCUUCACAACCUCUCUCGCUAGAUCCCAGCAAUACCUUUGGCUCUCCGAUGAAUGACAACCGCUUUGGAGCAUCGCCAAAUGCCAGAGGUCUGAGCGUGCUAGACGCUCCUCUGCCCGGAUCCUUCGACAGCCAAGGCAUCUCCCAUGCUGCGCGUCACGGUCCGUUCGCGUCAUCUGUUCCUCCUCGUCUCGGCCACGGCCUCGAGUCACCUCCCUCGUCUUUGCCGAACAAAGCAUUCCUCGGAAGCACUCUGCGUGGUCUUGGAGACACCACACUUGAUGGCGUGUUGGCCGGUUCUUCCCCUCCUACCUUUGAAGAGCCAAUGAGCUUUGGCAAGAGACCUUUGCACUCGGAGAGAUUCUCACGACCCAGGCCUAUGAUGUCCGCUAGUGUCGGCACACGACCGUCAUUUUAUUCACACUUCCCACCGGACGCUACUGAUUCUGAAGAGAGCGAAGAGGAAGGGAUUGGUGAAGAUCUCCUGCCUUCGAGUCUGCACGAGCUACUUCCCCCGGAGAAGCUGCGCAGACCUUCGCAGCAGACUGACGAUGACAUCAACCCCUCCUUUUUGUCUGCUGGUCGUCGCGCCAUCUCGAACGGACAGAUUCCCAUGGACAACAAGGUAGGCAGCGUCAGCCCACACACUGGUAGUCCUUCGAGAUACAGCUCAAUCUGGUCUUCGGGCUCAUACCGCAAGGAGGGAGAGAACGGAUUCGGUCAUAUCGGUUCACCGCUUCGACCAUCCUCAUUGCGCUCCUCUUCACUCGCUGGAGGAGACUUUGGUUCUCUCAUCGGCAGCCCACCGAAACAGGCAAGCAUGUCAAUGCUCACCCGUGAGCUUCAGAGCACUAGGAUCUCCGAGAAGUCUCCUUCAUUGCAUCCCCGUAGUAUGUCCGGCGACUCUCGCGCCGCCCUUCGUGGAGGACUUGAUAGGGGAAUUAGCAGCAAUAGUCUGGGGCGCAACGAGACCAUUGAAGAAGAAGAUCAAGGCUUGUUCUCCAUGGAAGAGGAAGACGAAUUUGCGAGCUCGUCGAGGAAGCCCUCGGUCUCUCCUCUUGGUCUCCUGCCCGGAAAGAGCGAACCUACCCUUGGACCCAUUGGCGGACAAAGAACCAAGUAA